AUGGGCUACGCUGCCGACCAUUUCCUGGCAAGCGACGACAGCCAUAAAUGCCGACUCUCGGAAAACAACUUUCGACAUCGACGGUUCAAGAGGGGUUUGCUAGUAAUCCUAUUCCUCUCGGCUGCGAUUAACAUCUUGGAAGUGGUCCUCAUUUUUGCUUCGGUAGGACCAAAAGACGAUUCGGACGACGAUCCCUGGAAAAGGCUUUCAAAGCUGGCCGUGCUCUACGCGGAGGUGGUGUUCGUGGCGUCAGUCCUGCUCCACGGUCUCGGCCUCUUGGCUGUCUACAGGAAAUGGCGUUUCGUGUUACUGGUCUACACGUUUGUUAUGAUUGCCGCAUGGUGUGCGUCAGCCCUGGACUUUUUGGAGAAUGAACGUGGCGUUGCGCGUCUCCUGCUACUCCCGUUCGUCAUCUACUUGUCCCAUAAGAACGCCACGGCAAUCAAGCAUUGCCCGGAAUGCUAU